AUGCCUCUUCUCAUUCAUCAAUCUCAACACCGACACACCAACAACACCGCUCCAUCUCCGAUGAAAAUCUUUUUAAUUUAUUCUCUCACAUUAAUAGUAUUGACAAUGAUGAUGGUACAAUUGACUCUCGGAGGAUGUGUCAUGACUUCUAACGGGUUCCAAAACGGAACUGAUUAUCCAACCGUUCCUUGGAAAACACCUUUUCAUUUACCAAGCGAUUAUGAAAAUGUUUUAUCAGCAAUGUGUCCACAUUUAGCUUCUCAAACAGUGUGUUGCAAUACCACACAAGUAGACAAGAUGAAGGACAAUUUUGUGUUGCUUGAUAUGGUAUUUUGGAGAUGUCCAGCAUGUGUCUUGAAUAUGAAGAAAAUGUGGUGUGACUUUACAUGCAAUAAUCAACAAGAUACAUUUGUUGCUAUUUCUGCCAUGAAUCCAAUUCCUAAAUACAAAGACUAUAUUGCACAAGUAGAUUUUUAUCUGUCUACUGAUUUCCAAAAUGAUUUAUGGGCGAAUUGCAAAGAUGACAAGAUGGCAGCACAACCAGUCAAAGAACAAUAUCCUAACGUUCAAGCAUUUCUUCAAGGUCUUAUUCAAAAAUCAACACCAAAUCCAAACAUUACCUAUGUUUUUCAAAAACUCGAUGCGUUUGAUACGACAAGUGGCAUUCUCCAUGAACGAAUUACAAUUACCAAAAGAUUGAAACCACUCCGAGUACCAAAAGAUGUCGAAGAUAUUUAUGAUGAUUUAACAGAAAAUGAUUACAAAAAGGAAAUUCGAUCAGCAACACAAGAUAGAAAGAGAGUGAGAAACUUGUUACAAAGAUUGAACGUACAAGAACAAAAACCAGUGAGUGAUCAAUUAUCUUACUACAAUGGCACUCUGUUUCAAUGCUCUUUAAUUUGUCCUUGUGCUUAUUGUGAACAAUCGUGUGGAAAAAUUACACCUGACUAUACUUGCUCCAUGUUUGGAUUGCCAUGUUAUAUCAUUGUCACUAUUGGUGGAAGUAUUUUACUUGGAUUAUUUGUGAUUGCAAUUAUUGGAGCUUUAUUCGAUCGAGGAUGUGAAUGGAUGAGAAGAAGAAAAUCUAGAAUUGUUGAAGAACAUCAUAAUUACAAUUCAGUGAACUCUUCAAUACCACCAGCAGCUCAUAGAUAUAGUACUUUUAAUUAG